GGCAGCCCUAUGUAUACAUUUCUGAACGAUAUACCAAUGUGUCAAAUAAGAUGGCGCUUAUUAUGACAUCAACUGUCAAAACAAAACCUGAAACUUUUUAAGGUUAUGUUUUCUUUAAGCUGAUUGUUGAAAAACUUUGCAAAGCACAAUAGAAAAGUUAUGAGCAAGUGGUCAUAAAUAAGUUGCUCAGUACAAAUAUCUAAUUGGAAACUUCGGCUUAACCUUGUUUGUGUCAAGAUAAAGAUCGUUUAUUUGUUCAACUUUCUGUGCACUAAAAAAAAUACCUACGAAAAUAUGCCAAGUUGCGCGCUAAUCUACUGUAAUACACGCUAUGGUACAACGACUGGACCAAACUGCGGUUUAUUUUCUUUUCCGAAACUAAAUAGACAGGAACGCGAAAAAUGGGUCAAGUUCGUGCAGAGUGAGCGCGGAGAAAAAAAAUGGCUUCCGUCCGCUGCAUCAAAGUUAUGUUCCAAGCAUUUUAAAAAAGAUGACAUUUACCGUGGAAAGACUGGCCGGUUGAUGUUGAAAAAAGGAGCCGUGCCUUAUUCACGUGAAGUUGAAUCAGCGAAUAUAACACGGAAGGUUUGUCCGAGCUGUCAUGCGACUCUUCCCGACUCCUUCCAAGCAACUCAGUCUAGACAUAAGCAAGUGAGAUCAAUAAUAGCGAAGGUAUACCACUUCUUGGAGCGCGAGUACGAACAGUUGAAGAGCUUGCACCCGGAGACGGACUGGUCUCCGCUGAGCAGGGUCAGGCAGCGCGCGGCCGUCGCCACCGGCGUCUCGGAGCCCGACGUGCUUCACAUACUUAGCGAAGAGUCUGACAGGCUUGUCGCCGAAAAAAAACCUCCCAAUAAACGAGCUAGAAAUGCCCACGAGAGUUCAUCUGACGACGACUAUGAUGAUGAUGAUGAUGAUGGAACAAGCAAUGAUGAUGACGACAGUGACAAACAAACUGAAGAUUUAAUGGAGGAAUCGAGCGUCUACAUAGGUAACGUGAAGUCUGAAGCCAACCCACUACAGGAGACUGAACCAGAAACGCUAAUUAUUAAGAAAGAACCAAAAACUAUCACAAAUGAUUCUGUACCGGAAAAAGUCUGUACGAAACGAGAGCGGCCAAAUAAACCCAAGAUGCAAGAUAUCAACGGCUCGAAAACAAACAGCUCUGCUGUCGAGGCGUGCCGCGAUGACAUAGUGCGACGAGACAAACAGACAACUAUAUCUCAACCAGCACCACAUGUGCACACUCACAGGCAGAUUACAAAAGAAGUGUCAAGUUCAACUCGCUCGAGUACGGUAGACAAUAUGGAGACAUCAUCUGAGGACCCGUUAAUGCUGUUAACAGAACAAAUAUCUAUAAUACAGGAAGAGGGAAUUAGUUAACUGUUGUCCCUCGCAUAUCACUUUACUUGAUAUACGUAUUGAAUGUUAGCUGCCGACCGCACAUGCCGCGACUGUAUAAAGUCGGCCGCAGCUGCACGACUGGGGUUUGAUUCUGCUAAUUUUACUUAAAUGACUUACGACUGAUAUCCAACUAAGAUUCAAACACGACUCAAUUACUAUAGAAGUGGCAUUCCGCUAUUUUUUCUUUUAAAUAAAGGUUUUUAUCCUUGUAGAGCAGACUACCCUAUAGACCAAAUGGCAAACCAAUGAAAAGUAAAAAAAUAAAUAUUAUAAGCGGAAAGCCUGCUAAGGCUAAAACUGCAAUUGAGAUUCAAUUUUUAUCCAAUUGUCACAUUAUUAGCAGAAUCGAGCCCCUGUUUUGUACGAAUUUGGAUCAAAAGAACGGUUUUGGAUCGAAGCGGCAGCAUACGGUGCAGUCAAUGUAGGAUAUCGACCGAUUUCAUGCAGUCGCUGCAAAUGAGGUCGACAGCUGGCUUUCAAAACUUUCCUUUAGAGUUAGGCAAAUAUCAGAACUAUAAAUGUAUCUAGAUUACAAUUUUUUUAUCAUAUCAGUAGUUUAUAACAAAAAUAAUAUUUCUUAUGUUAAUUUCUUUAUUAAAUAAAAAAAUGAGAAAA